AUGAUAGACCGAAUACCCGAUACUCCCAUUCGCAGGAGUACUCAUCUUGAGGACUCACUGUCACAGGGUGCAGAGGAUUCUGAGUUUGAAACGGUUGCGACCGUUCCGCUUUACCAGCACUUGCAAGCGACAACACAAGGCUCUACUGUUCCAACACAACCUCUGCACACUCAAAAAACCACACAACCCACACAAAUAAUUGAGCGAAUCACACCUCAAAAAUCUUCUCCUCUUAAAAAUGCUUCCAUAGUUCAAGUUGCUACUUCCUCUCCACUUGCACCUCACUCCUCGUUAUCUCGCUAUCCCUUCUCAAGGCCUGGAGCUCUAUCUACUGCCAUUGCACCUCCUGGCACCCGUUUCAAACCUCCUGCCAUGGCUGCUCCUGUGAGAAGACAGCCCAUCCUAGACGAUGAGGGCCCUACCUAUCGUGGUGGUUCCUCAGAUGAAGAUGAUUUCCGCCUCAGCGCUAUUGAUAUAAAACCGUCCACCUUCACCAAUAUCUCCAAGAGCUUCGAAAAAUAUCGAGUCGCUGAGUCCCCUGUGGCACUAAGUAACACAGCCAAGUUCAAAGAGAUCACAGCCUCUGCAUUUUAUAACCCCGCUGCACCCAAAAGCCAAGGCAAACGUGAGGCCGAUGCUGGUAAUGCGAUCGUACAGGCCCCGACCACCAAAAGACCCCGAAAUAGUCUUGAUUCCCCUUCCUUUGAAGCUUUCGCUCUUGCCGAUAUCGAAGACUACAAUGUUCGAACCAAAAUUGAACGGAUCCGCCGAAUUUUUCCAAACAAGUCAGUUGAAGUCUGUCUUCAAAUUCUGCUGCUGAAGAAAGGGAACUAUGAAGAUACAAUUGAUCAUAUUGCCACUCUCCAGGAUCCUGCUACUGUGAAUCUUACUUCUGACGAUGAAUUGAGUCUCGAUAACAACUCUGCCCCAGCGGCUGGGCCGGUUGUUGCCGCCAAACAGCAGAUCAAGGCUGGAACCCGUAUCCAAGACAAAUGGGCAGCUACCCAGCGAGUUCCUCAACAGCCAAAAGUUGCAGAGCCAUCGAUACGCCGACGGUUGAUAAGAGGAGCUAGAUCUCGUCGAAAUUCUCCCAGCCCUUCGCCAGCUGCUACACAAACUACCAGAAUUGGAAAAAUGCCUGGAAGACUAGUUCAAGGCAAAAAGCGCGUUUCUAAAUCCCCGUCAUCGUCUCCCGGAGUAUCCCAUAUUGAUUCUGAUUCGGAUUCGGAUCCCGUCUCCGAAAAAGCUGCGGACGACGGCACCUUGCUAAAUAAAGUCCUGAACUUCUUCAACACAUGCUCUUUGGAGGAUCUCACUGAUAUUGCGGAACUCACCCCAGAUGUUGCUGAGUGUUUUGUAUCUAGCCGCCCUUACGUUACACUUGCGCAGGUCCGUAUGAUUUCCGCGAACGAAACGCCAGCCAAGGACACCAAGGCACGAAAGCCUAAAAAAUUGAUCGGAGAUAAAAUCGUUGAUAAGUGUCUCGAUAUGUGGACUGGUUACGAAGCCGUUGAUGCGCUUGUGAAACGCUGUGAGGCGUUGGGUAAGCCUAUUGCCGACGAAAUGAAGAGCUGGGGCAUCGAUAUUUUUGGUGCAAAGAAGACAGGGGAGUUGGAAAUGGUUUCCUUAGACAAAAUUAGCUCUUCUCAUGACUCCGGUAUUGGGUCACCUUCCUCGAGCGCCAGUGGAAACGAGUUCACUAAAAAGAAAUUUAUCGGACAACCAUCGAUUAUGAGUGAGAAUAUCAAGAUGAAAGACUAUCAGAUUGUUGGAAUUAAUUGGCUGAAUUUGCUUUUUGAGCAGAACCUCAGCUGCAUCCUAGCUGACGACAUGGGAUUGGGCAAGACAUGUCAAGUCAUUGCAUUUUUGGCUCAUCUGUUCGAGACGGGCGUCCGCGGGCCUCAUCUUGUGGUCGUUCCAUCAUCUACCUUGGAGAAUUGGCUUCGUGAAUUUUCAGUAUUUUGUCCAAAGUUGAACGUCAUGCCCUACUACGCUGGUCAGAACGAACGAGCCAACAUUCGGUUGCAGAUUCAAGAUGAGCGUGAUAACAUCAAUGUUGUCAUUACCACAUACACAAUUGCAAAAGCCAAGCAUGAUGCCUCCUUUCUGGCAUCUAUGGGUUUCUGCGCUUGCAUUUUUGAUGAAGGGCACAUGCUAAAAAGCAGUAAAUCGCUGCUCUACAAUAAACUUAUUCGAAUUCCUGCACGCUUCCGUCUAUUACUGACGGGGACUCCACUGCAGAAUAAUCUGCAGGAGUUGGCAUCGCUUCUAGGCUUUAUUCUUCCCCAGGUCUUUAGGGAGCGAAAAGACGAUCUUGACCACAUAUUCAGCGCAAAGGCCAAAACGAUUGAUGUUCACUCUACUUUACUCUCAGCCCAGCGAAUUGCACGGGCCAAGUCCAUGCUUACCCCGUUCGUCUUGCGACGCAAGAAGCAUCAGGUGAUCGAUCUGCCGCCUAAGAUCGCCCGUGUGGAAUACUGCACGAUGAAUGACGCGCAGAAGGAGAUAUACCAAUACCAAACUGAUAUGGUGCGCGAGAUCCUUGCAGAUCGUGCAGCCGGGAAAAAAGUCGGGAACAAGACCACCAAUAUUCUUAUGAAACUACGCCAGGCAGCGAUCCAUCCCUUGUUCUAUCGACGAAUCUACGACGAGAAGACCUUGAGUCGAAUUGCAAAGGCUUGCGUGAAGGACCCUAAAUGGGCCAUGUCCGAUCCUGAUGCAAUUUACGAAGAGUUGCUGCCGUACAGUGACUUUGAAUGCCAUACACUGUGCUCAACUAAUCCUGAUUCGCUGGGUAAAUUUGCACUGAAGAAUGACGAAUGGAUGAACUCGGGUAAAGUGGAGAAGCUACGUGGCCUCCUCCAAACGUACAUUGAGAAUGGCGAUCGCGUCUUGAUAUUCUCGCAGUUCACGAUGGUCAUGGACAUUCUUGAACAGGUGCUCGAGACCCUGCAUAUCCGCUUUUUCCGCCUGGAUGGAACGACUUCGGUGGAGGACCGUCAGUCUAUUCUUGAUGCGUUCUACGAACAAGUCGACAUUCCCGUGUUCAUGCUCUCCACGAAGGCGGGCGGCGCUGGCAUCAACCUCGCAUGUGCAAAUAAGGUGAUUAUCUUCGAUUCGAGCUUCAACCCCCAGGACGACAUCCAAGCCGAGAACCGUGCACAUCGUGUGGGGCAGACGCGGGAGGUGGAAGUGGUGAGAUUGGUGACCAAGGACACGAUUGAGGAGAAGAUUUAUGCACUGGGACAAACGAAGUUGGUACUUGACCAGCGUGUUGCUGGCGAGGAGGACGGCGGAAAGAAGGGCGAAGAAGUGGGCAUGAAGGUGGUGGAAGCAAUGGUGAUGAAGGAUCUAGCUUUGAACGCGGAGAGCCCGGCAUCUUAG